AUGUUGGAUACAGGUACUGUGAUACACAUACAAUGCGUAGGCACAAAUCAAUUGUUGGGAACAUUGUAUAUGCCAACCAUAGAUAACGGUGACUUAACGGUAAUGCGAACAAUGAACAUCACUACUAGUAGCAUUCCGCAGGGAUGUGCAACACCAUCAAUUGUGAUAGGAGAAAAUCACCUUUGGGAGAUCUGGGGAGAGCAACCGACACAAUCACUUCCUUCAGGAAAAAUUCUGAUAACUACUCGGAUGGGCCCCGUGUUGAGCGGACAGUUGAAAACACCAGUUAGGGCGUUAUGUACAUACGUUGAGAACGAAGCGGAAACUCUCGAUCAAAAAGCGGUAGAAAUUUUUAGAAGCCCUCCAGACUCCAACAGGAAGAAUAUCCGAACCGCUUCCAUUUGA